CCGCGCUUCCCUUAAUAUGUUUAUAUAUUCAACCAUUUCAGAAUCGUAUUACUAGCGACUGGUAAACUUAUGCUCUAUUGACAUACUAUGCAUGGACAUAUUACCAGUCAAUAUGUAGAGUCACACCCAUAAUAAAACAGCCGAAUUAGAAAUCCGCCCCGCCUAGCGCAAAAACAAUGCAGAAUGUUUAAUAAUUCAAAGCAGAACUAGUAGACAUUAAAGUCCAGUCAGUAUAAAUGUAGAUCCAGACUCGAGUGAAGCCAUUUCGCCUACAACCAUGUUGUCUUUGAACCUACAACAAUGUUUGUUUUCUAAUUUGUCUUCCAAAUAGGACUGCUGCUUCUACUCUGAAACAAUGUUUUAUUAUAUAUUAUAUAUUCUUUUAGGUGUUGGCUGUGUUGCUUUCUUUCCACUUAAUCAUUGUCAUCAUCAGAAACUGGAACUACGAUUUCUGCUGGACUGCCGAUGUGAUGUUCAAGACCAAAUAAAAAUAGUGAAUGAAACCCAUCAUUUUUUUCAGAAUGAAAGUGAAUGGAAUAUCCCACAAUUCACCUUAACGACCUAUUCAGAUAAAGGCAUCUAUCAGCUCAAAGGAGAAUUAAAUGUUGAUAAAGUAAACCAAAUUUGUCCUGAGAAAUUUCCUUUUGAGAACAUUACUAGUCAAUCGCAGAUAUGGAGCGAGUCACAGUCAAGGUCUAUUAGAAUAACUGUAAUGACUAUUUCUUUAUUUAAAAACUGUAAUGUAAUGGAUGCUUCUAUGACUAACUACAUAAAACAAAGUAAGUUUAAUUUUUUCAUGAUUUUGAGUUUACCAGAAAACUAUUUGCGUGACAGAAGUUUUCAAUUGGCUCAUUUGAUGCUUUUAAAAUCUUUUCAAGAAUUCGAAAGUUAUGAGUUCUAUUCCAAACUCUGCUACAGAGAAUGUGAGACACAGCCUGAUAGUUUUAUGAUCGGAACAUUUUUAAAAUCAUUCUAUGAAAUAAAAUACUAUUCAGGGGAUCCUUUCGAGACUGAAGUCUACUGUGGAAUUGAACAAAGACGCUAUUGGGUUUCUUUUGAAACAUUCGAUGAAGUCGAAUAUAUUCUUCACACACUGUACGAUAGACUUGCAUCAACUGGAUUUACCAUCCUAAAUGCUCUUACGGUAAUAGAUAAAUCUACACUUUUAUGGUCGUCUUUAAAUCCAUUUGCAUUAAAGUACAAUUUUGAGGCUUCUUAUUGGAUGGUUCAUUAUUUAUAUGGUCACUUAAAAAUAAUGUGUUUUAUGAUAAGUAGUAAAAAUUAUACCAAUCGAAGAUAUGGUACUACUCUACAUGUAGACAGUAAAACCAAUCAAACCUUUUAUAUUAUAGAUAUAAACUCUAUUAGGUAUAUCGACCCUCAACUGGUUAUAUGUGAAUGUCAUUUGCAUGUUUCUGAUGAUCACAUUACGGUGAAAACUCAGGAAAAGGAAGACACGUUUCUUAAAGAAAAUUAUAUUUCGAAUUUUUUCGCUGUGUUGACUUCUCCAAAGUUGUCUAUCCAUUUAAAUAACUGUUUUAUUUAUUUGAAUCACUCUCAUCAUAAGACAACAGAAAAUCUGUAUAGAAAAUACACGCAUCCCAGUGUAAAAUUUUGUGAAAACCUAACCACAGGUUUUCUUACCUUGCUUUUGAAAAAAGAAAGUGACUUAAAUAUUUUAAGAACUGUAAACAAUUCUGACAAAUGCCGGUCGGCUAAAGAUCGCCUUAAUUUUAUCAUAAACAAUAACUCUUAUAAUUUUUGUAUUGAUACCGAUGGGAGCCACUUUAAAGCAACCGUUUCAAUAAAAAUAAGUUUACAAGCAUUUAUAUGUGAAACUGGUAAUGUAGGUAGCGCAUAUCAUUGUAUUAAAUUUAAUUCAAAUUCACUAAAUUGUCAGGAUAAUUCUCAUUUACAACACUGCGAGAACUUCAGCUGUCCACACAAUUUCGUGAAGUGUUAUAACUCUUAUUGUAUUCCACUUGAUAUGAUGCACGAUGGAAUAAGACAUUGUCCCCAUGGAGAAGAUGAAUUAGUUUUGCCAAGACCAUAUACUGAUCAAUGUAUUGGAACUAUAACAGUCUUUCUUAAAGAUCUCUGCCUGUCUGAUCAGUAUCCCCACAAUGUAAAAAAGGAACAAUUUCUUUGUUCCCCUAAAUGUCCCGAGAAAUAUACGUGCCUUUCUAACAAACGUAUAAAUAACAAUACAAUUGCGUCUAUGGACAUUUAUACAUUUCGUGUUCCACUGUAUAACAUUUCCGGGACCUAUAUCCCAGAACUUAUUGCAGUGUAUUUUCCAAUUUUAAAUAUCAUCGAGCUUUCUGUUCAAAAAUGUCACGUGAUUAAUUUCGACUUAUCAUUUCAAACCUGGAGAUUUUCAAAUCUCUUGGAACUAGAUCUAAGUUACAAUGACUUGGAAAGUACUGGCGAAAUGAAACUGUUUCACGAUAUGCGGAGCUCAAGAGUUUUAAAUCUGUCUAAUAAUCCAAGCCUUAAAAUAAAUGCAAAUUUUACAUUUCCAGAAAGUUUAGAAACUAUCGACUUAUCUCAUACGUCAUUUAGAUCGAUUCAUGGCCAUACAUUUUUCAAUUUAAAAUACUUAAAAUAUCUAGAUUUAAGUGAUACAGAAAUUUUAGGAUUCACGGACUUGGGAAUACCAAAUUUCUACGCGUUAGAUACAUUGUCCAUACAGCAUGUUGAAAUCUCUAAAAUACAACAAGAUUUUUUUAAAGGUCUAACCAUUCGAACUGGUUUAUGGACAAGUGACUUUAAAUUAUGCUGUCCUCUAAUUUUAAAUGAUAAUAUAUCUGUAGACAAAUGUCAUGGGCCCACUGACGCCAUUUCUUCGUGCAAACAUCUUAUUGGGGAUAUAUUUAAGAGAUGUGUCAUUUGGAUAGUUGGCAUAAUAACAAUUGUAGGCAAUGGAACUGUGUUAAUCUACAGAUUUGUGUGGAACAGAGAGGUAUUCAAAAAAGCGUAUGGUCUUUUCGUGACAGCUCUGGCAAUAUCAGAUUUCCUUAUGGGGAUAUAUUUGAUGAUAAUUGCAAGCGUUGACAUUGACUAUAAAGAUACGUAUGUGUUGGACGAGGAACACUGGAGAAAUGGGAUGUUGUGUCAGAUCUCUGGGUUUUUAUCAACUCUCUCCAGUGAAACAUCAACUUUCUUUAUUUGUUUGAUCACUUUAGACCGUUACUUGAGUAUCACUUAUCCGUUUGGUGAAUAUAAAUUGUCAAAGACCUUGACUUGUGUGUUACAUGCAUUAGCUUGGUUAGUCGGUAUUAUCCUGGCCGCUGUUCCUCUAAUCAAUUCUGAUUGGGAAAUUUAUUCAACUAACGGUCUGUGUUUGGCUCUUCCAUUUAGCGCUAUUCGUUUCAGUGGCUGGGAGUUCAAUUUCGUAGUUUUCGUUGGAGUUAAUUUCGUUUUAUUUUUACUUAUAGCUUUAGGUCAAGUCGCCAUCUUCGUCAACAUAACGAGGCGGAAACAGACUUUGUCGUGCCUAAAACAAAACCGUAUUAGAAGAUUAGAAGAUUUGGGAGUAGCCAAAAAACUGGCUUUUGUUGCCAUGUCAGAUUUCAUGUGUUGGUUUCCUAUCGGCGUCAUUGGCUAUUUUUCAAUGAAAGGACACACAUUUGACCGCGAUGUUUACGCUUGGUUUGCUGUGUUUGUUUUACCGAUAAAUUCAGCAUUAAAUCCAAUCAUUUAUACUAUUCCUGCUUUAUAUGCAAAAUGUAAACUAAACAUUCAAAAUGCUGCACAAAUAUAAUGUCGUUUAUGGUAAAUAAUAAAAUAAUUUCACAUUUUAUUUAACUUAGACUCUCUUCACUUUUCUUUUUGUUUAGAAAUUCAAAAUUUCAAAUGGGGGCCCCGAAAUCGUAGAUUUCCUAGUCAACUUCAGCUUCGUAAUCCAGAUCAGUUCUCAUUAACUAGGACUUGUUACUCGAUAUUUUGGAAGCCUUCCCGGCAUCUUUAUGACACCAAUUCCUUGCAAGUUCUUAACAUGACACUUUUGUUUUUUGAAAACCCGUGGUAUGGCCCUUCCGCAAAAGUCGGAUCUGCGAACAUCAAGAGACAACUGUAGCUCCUAUCGCACACCUUGUUCUUAAAGAGCCUCGAUGUGGCUUCGGCGUUCGGACCGCGCAUCGGGUUAGAAGAUACAUAAUAUUAUUAUUAGUGCUAAACAAAAAGCCAAGAAAUUUCCGUGACUGAAUCCGUCUGACAGUCUAAACAACUAUUUACUUAUUGCAAGUGUUCUGGUUCGUCUCCGUAAUAAAUAGUUCGGAAAGCGUGCUUAGCAGAAAUUAUUAUUAUCUAGUUUGUUGAUUUUUUAUGCAAACUAUUUCUGAAUCAUUAAUUACGUUAAUAAAUCUUAAAAGGCAAAAUCUUCCAUGCAGGCAUAGGAUUAUACAGUAUGUAAUAAGUGAAAGGUCAAUAGUGCCUACGUAAGAUACUAUUAGUAUUCAAAAUAAGGCCUACAGCGUUAGAGGCGGACGAGCCCGUUAGCGUGAUGUGGUUCGGUAAUAUUCGGUAUAUAUAGGAUAUAUGACACUCGAGAAUGACACUCGCCCAGGGCUCCGCAAUCAGCGUCCAAGACUCGCAAGCAUAUAAAAAUGUGGCUUCGACCAGGGAGCGCAUCAGUCUGAUUUUGGUGCCGAGGGCCAAGCCCAUGUCCUUCCAUAUUAUUUUAAAUUUUGAAAGGGCUGCUGUGGACUGUGCGAUUCGGGCCAACAGUUCGGGUUUCGUUUCCUCAUCUGAGACAAUAGCUCCGAGGUAUUUGAAGCUGCUAACAAUAGUCAGCCUUUCACCUCCAAUACUGAUGUCCAUUUUAAAGCCCUGUUGGCUAUUGGUCAUAAUUUGUUGUUAUUUUUUUCGGCAUUUAUUUGCAUGCCAUAUGCUGCAAAAGUUUUGUCAAUGCGAGAUAAAGCGUUAGUUAAAGAACUGAUACUCAUGAUGAGUCUUUCGUAGUUAAUGAGAACCACCUCUGUCCAGGGGCGUAGCUAGGAAUUAGCCAUCAUUUAAGGGCCCGGGGGGCUUGACCUUUUUGGGGGCCCCUGCAUUUUGCGUUAAUAUUUAAUAUUUAAUGUAAAAAAAACACUAAUUUGGGGGUCCUUCUCAAAUGGUGGCCCGGGGGGAUUUUCGAAUUCUCCCCCUCCUCCCCCCACCCUAGCUACGCCACUGCUUCUGUCAUCUUGAGAUCUGUGGGCUUCACUCUAGGUUGAUAUUCGUUUCUAUCAGACUGACGGUGUCUGUUUGAGCCCUAGAUGUCUAGGUACAGAUAGGAUAUCCUAUUGUCAUAAUAAUUUUUAUGUGUAUCUUCUAAGUGUGUAUUUCACUACAUCUCUUUCUAUUUUAUUGAGCUAUAUUUUAUAAUUAUAAUGUAGUAAAUUGAUGAAUGUUUUAUUUUUUUUUUUUAAAGCGCUAUCAAUAAUAUUAAUUAUGUGCGAAUUUCUUAAACAAUGAUUCGAUCUAAGAAAUAUAAGAAUAAUUCUAGAUGGUCAUUGUUUCCUCCAGGGUCGGUCUUAGGUAACUGGAGACCCUAGGCGGCUUACUAGUUUGCCUAUGCCUAAGGCCGGCCCUGUUUCCUCUAUAGCUACUAAUUACUUUGUUUGUCUCUUAUAAUGGCUUAUCGGAACAAAGGGUCAAAUUGUCCAAGAGUUCAAUAUUUCAACUGUUAAUCUUUUGGUAUUGUUGUAGGUUACAUUCAUUUCUUAUCAUUUCUACCAGCCCUAGGUUUAUUAUAUGAGCAUUGCAUUUAAAUAUGAAAUAAUGUAUGGAUGUCUCGUGAUGUUAGAUGUCAAUGAAAUGUACAUUUAUAUCAAUUGUCUUCAGGUUUACCUUCACAUUAAAUAAUAGACUUAAGUAUCAGUCUCCGAAAGAAGAAAAGCACCCUAUCAGUUUCCAUUUGUCAGGAUAAAUAAAGGGAAGAACUCCAUAUUUACAGUUAUGUUUCUAAAUAAUAUACACAUUAUUUUCUUAAGUAGUAGUCGCAUGAGUGAAAAUGGAAUGAGGGAGUGAGCUGAGACGCAAGAGAGGGAGGACGUGUGUUUGCCCCUGAGUUUAGAUUUUGUUUCAAAUAUCAUUUCAUAUUAUUACUACUAGAUGUAUAUUUCAUCUCAAGCUGAAUCUGUGUAUGUUUUUCAAUAAAAGUAUCAUUAAG